AUGUCCCUGGAAGCUGAAGCUUCUCAUGCUUCCAAAGUCAGAUCAGGAACAACUGAAGAUUCAAAAACGGUGCAACCAGUAUUGGACAUUUCCUUGGAUGAUGUUUUCGCAGGAACAUCCGGCGGGCAGUCAAAGAAACAGUCCAUCGACUUCGACAAGUACAUCCAAAGAGGGCGUGAACUUAAAGAAUCAUCUACAGGAGGAUUCAAUACUACUGUCAGAAAUGUGGAUGCUGUCGAUGUAUGUCCCCGAAAAUCGUCACUACCAGAUGCCAAUAUUACUAUGGAAGAGUUAUUCGAUGAAAUCAAAACUCAACCAGUGAUUCCUCAUGUCAAAAAUUUUCAUGGGAAACUCGAUUCUGUCAAUUCAGAAAAAAGAGAAAAAUUAUUUGAAUCAGACAAUUCGAUAGAUGAUAUUUGCUUAAAUCGACAAGAGUCUCUUCCAACUCCUCCCAACUCCUUGUGCGAUUCAUCGGAGGAACUGUUCAUUGAUUCGAGUUUACCUGUGGAAGAGAAGGACUCAGAUGCUGUUUCGGAUGAUGAUGAUGAAAACACAGAUCAUCGAACACGUUCAAGAUCUGUGACCUCAAUGAAUGGGAAGAAAGUUUUCACUGUAACAUUCCCUGGACAGACAGAUGAUGUAGAAGAAGCAGAACCUAGUAUUCUAUCUGGACCUCGGCCCGAAGCAACAAGGAAAAUCCGAAAACCGACCCCGAACAUUGAAAGAACAAGUGUAUUUGACAUCUUCAACAUCAUUUCUGGAGAUAACGCUGAAGAGGAGAAAAAUUUGAAAGAGUCGAAUGAUUCCGAUGACACAUCUUCUGCUUCAUCAUCCUUUAUACAAAUGGAGAGACGCCCUAUAAUACCUAGGAUUCAUUCCACUUCUCUGACAGUAUCUCUGGAUGAUUUAGGCAGAAGUGAACACGAAAAUAGUCAUAUAAUUACAUCCCAAGCUUACGAACUACCAGAAGGGUUCCCAACUGCGGUCCCUUCACGCAGAGCUUCAAGAUACUCUGUUCGAACAGACGAAUUGGAUGAAAAUAUUUCAUGUCAUAACUAUGUUCGCACCAAGACAAGAACUCAUAACAGUGACUUUUCUGAUUUCUAUAACGAUCUCAAAUCACCUCCUCGUACGCCAAUAAAAUUGAAAAGAAGAAGCAUCGAUUUCUAUUAUGAAGAGCCUAUGGAAAUGCCAGUUGAAGAAGAAGUUGAUGUUCAAGAUUUUGUUGAUGAAAUUCUAAACCAAUCCUUAGAUGAAGCAGCUUUCUUAGCGACAUCUAAGCACAUGUCGUUCAAAAAAGAAGUUCCACGUUCAACUGACACUUCUAUCGAUCGUAAACAAUCAGAAGCUGACUCUCAAAUAUUCUCCGAUAUGGCUUUUAGUUCCAUAUCAGCAAAUUCUGAACAUAUGACUGACCAUGUUUUUGUUUCCUCCACAAAUAGAAAUUCGCUGUAUGAAGCGAUCUUAACGUGUCCUGAAACUGACAACGUUCCCUUGUCACCUACCUCAUAUCCGAGAGAAGAACAGAAAAUGGAAACCAUCGAUAUGAAUAUCGAUUUGGCUCAGAAAACGUUUAUAAGUGAAGCUUCUGUUGUUUUGAAGGAAAAUCAAUCCGAAGAUUAUAUAGUUCGGCUGCUAUUCCCAGAAAAGCCAGAAGAAACAAUAAUUGUUCAAGAAGACUACGAAGAAAGUGAUGAUCAAUCAAAGAAUACAACGAAUGUGACGUCAAACAUUAAGCAUAUCAUAGAAAAGAUGGCUCCUCAACAGAAAGAUGAUGAAUAUUUAGAAGUUGAAGUUAAUUCAGAAUACUUCAUCAUUCAUGGAAAGUACUCCAUGAUAAUACAUAAGACAGAACCAUUGGGAGAAAUGUUGUCUAAGAUUCAAACAAGCAGUUUAGACUUUACGGUGACUCCGAAACUUCGUAAAAUACUUAGACAAUGCUUGCAUAACAAAAUAUCCGGAAACAAUGGAACUGAUAUCUCCUCUCGUGCUUUUCACAUGUUAAACAGGGCAGAUCCAGCUUAUGACAAUUUGAACAAAAUGGCGUUGAAUCGCUUCACUGAAAACAAUCGCAGUGGAAAUAUCAACUUCUGCACAGCUGAGAACAUGGUAUGCCGUCCGCUCUUACAGCAUCGGAUACGAGAAAAUUUGAACAUCGUGGAAGAACACCUGUUUCAUUACGCGCCAGGAGGAGGAUACGAUGAUGUAAAAGAAACCAUACUUGGUUAUCUCAAAAAGUUCAUGAGAGGAACUCAUGUCCAAAAAAGAGAUUUAACUCUUGUCGGAUCAGGCAAUACUUGUUACGAUCUAAUCUGUCAUUGCCUGUAUGAAAGCGAAGAUGUUAUUCUUACGAAUACACCAUCCUAUGCCAGAUUAUUCCUUGAUUGUUCUGAGAGAGCUGGUUGUCGAGUUGAAGCAGUUCCGAUGGAUUUGAACAAGUUAGAAAUUGAUCUUCAAGCUUUUGAAAAAGUUUUAAACGAGCAAAGAGAACAGGGGAAUACAGUCAAGGGGAUCGUUUUGAUUAAUCCAAAUAAUCCGCUAGGAAUAACAUUCCCAAAAUCACAAGUGUUAGCAUUAGGAGAUUGGGCAUCGGGUAACGAUCUCAGUCUAAUAGUCGAUGAAUCUUUCUCCAACUCCAAUUACGGAGACGGGGAAAGUGAAUCUUUCCUGUCUUAUCAGCAUGAACUGAAAAACCCUUCAAAAGCUGUUUGGUUUUGGAGCUUGUCGAAGGAUUUUGGUUUACCGGGUGUUAAGAUAGCCACUCUCCACACUCCGAACCCAUCGUUGAAUGAAGCAAUAUCAGCGUUAGAACUGAUUUAUCCAGUGUCCGCUCUGGCUCAGGAUUUCGCAUCUAAUCUAUUAUCAGAUUAUGAUUGGGCUGAACAAUUCCAUAAAACAAAGAAUUACCGAAUCGGUAAGCAUUACGAAUUUGUUGCUGCGAAUUUGAGAGCUCUCAAUCUUGAUUUCAUCACAGCCACCUCAGGGUUCUACGUCCUUGUCGAUUUCAGACAGAAAAUGAAAAGCCGCACUUUUGAAGAAGAAGACAAAGUUUGGCACUUACUGAUAGCUAAUGGAGUUUUCAUGACAAGAGGGAAGGAUAUGAGAUGCGCUCAACCAGGUUGGAUGCGUCUCGUUUUCGGUUGUGACAAAGAUCAAGUUGAAGAAGGAAUCCGAAGAUUACACAAGAUGUUCGGAAGUACUGCCAAUGUAAUUGGUUCAAUUAACUAUUAG